CAGCCCGCUCCACUCCUCCCCUGCCGAAGCACCACACAGGCACACAGCAGAAGCGAAAACUGCAGGAAGGCCAAUCGGGCCUGGCAGGCAUGCUUGCCCGCUGCCGCAGGUGAGGCGACCCGCAGCCGUCCGAGACGCACCCCGGCGCAAGCGCGCAUCCGCCAUGGAUCCGGUGUCCGAGGAGCUCGAGCGCCGCAGCCGCUAUCUCAACUCGCUCAUCCGCCGUACUAAGCUCAGCGCCACCCCUGCUCCCCCUCCUCAGCCGGAGCCGGAGCCGGAGCACGAGGUAGCGCCACAGAAUCCGGAGCCGGAGCCGGAGACCGCGGUUGGGAAGCGCGAGGAGGCCAAGGCGGAUCCAGUGGUCGUUGAGGAGGAGAAGCGGGAGGCCAAAGUGGCGGGGGACGGGAAGGGGAAAGAGAUCAAGGGGAAGGACGACGGGGGUCCCAAGGAGGACAACAGCAGGAAGGUGUCAGUGCGGGUGCGCGCGGCCGACAUGCCCCUACCGCUGCAGCGCCGCGCGGUCCGGCUCGCCUACGAAGCCAUCGUCGCCAUGCCGCGCCUCGACAGCAAGCGCCUCGCCCUCGCGCUCAAGAAGGAAUUUGAUACGGCAUAUGGUCCAGCUUGGCAUUGCAUUGUUGGAACAAGCUUUGGUUCCUAUGUCACUCACUCUCUGGGCGGUUUCUUGUACUUCUCCGUCGACAAGGCCUAUAUUCUCCUCUUCAGAACCGCUGUCGAGCCAUUAGCCCAUCCGCGAUGAGGGGCCAUGAAACAGUCUACUAGCUAGCGCAUUCUGUAUUCGACAUUUAACUGUAGAAGGGUAAGGAGAGUAGAACGAUCAUCGCCCCCACCCCCCAAUGCAAAUAUGUAGAACUAAUCUGCUGUAGCUAAGUUUGUUCCAUGUACUGUGCACUAAUCGGCCAUGUGGACCUUAACAUUAGCUUUCAGAGUUGUAGCUUGACUCAGCUCAGUUCUUCCGCGCGAGGGGAAUUUUCUUUCGCAUCUUGUAAUGCCUUGUAGCCUUGUUCGCAAUCGCAAUGGAAUCAGUAGAUGCA